CUAAAAGCGGCGUAAAACCAAACUCAGUAGGGCAAUCAUUAUGACAAAACCUUUUGAAAGGCAGAAGGCAUUGAGUAACUUCAUGUCGGGACGAUGUCACAGCCAUUAUUUGCGGUAAUAAAGAACAGCGCAUUUAAACAUGUGCCAAUGGUCCCCUUUUGUUUAAGUGUGCUUUGACUACAAGCAAGUCAGACGUUGUAACGUAAUAUCCUGCAUAGCAACAUACCUCACUGGACGUCUAAGUUAGUGCAUGCUGAUACUUGUGUUAACUGACUACAAUGGAUUUUUUUCAUGGUUAUGAUUGAUUAUGACGAUACACUGGAAUAACGGAUACCGACUGAGCUGUCGUGAUGUGCAUGAAUAUGCGUGAGACUACAUUGAUGUUAUAGCCCGACCCGCGUAUUUCAGUAUUUCAAAAUAUCGAUCGAAGAAUUCACCAAGAACACGUUGAUUGAGUAAUCAUUGUAAUCUUGCAAAGUGGAUUUGUGUCAAAGGGAAAGGAAACGGGACCAACAACAAUUCCAACAUGUCCAACGAAGACCAAGAAAAGACGAGUGUUCCCUCAGAAAAAAGAGAGACAUGGGGACAUCGAGUGGAUGGCAUCGUCACCUUGUUGGGCUACAGUGUUGGGGAGGGAACACUUCUCAAGUUUCCUUACCUGUGCGCAAGAAACGGCGGAGGCGCCUUCCUGAUUCCCUAUCUGCUUUUUGUGGGUCUCUGUUCACUUCCGUUGUACUUCCAAGAGGUUGUCAUCGGGCAGUACUACCAGAGAGGUCCAGUUGAGGUGUGGAAAUUUUGCCCCGCAAUGAAAGGUCUGGGUUUUGGGUCGGCGUUGGUGUCGUGGGUGUACGCCAUGUACACGUCCAUGUACUUCUCCUGGUACCUCUACUUCUUCUUCAACUCCUUCUUCAACCCCUUACCAUGGUCCACGUGUGGCAACUCCUGGAACACGCCCAGCUGUGUGGAGUCGACGCUGCGGCAUGCUGGGAUGAACACCACGGUGAAUGGCACUGAGUAUCUGCAAGGUGACAUAAACACUACGAAGUUGGAUCUCCUGAAUAUGUCCACUGAUGGUGUUGCCAGCGCCACUGAAGAAUUCUGGAGGUUUAAUGCACUGGAUAUCUCAAGCGGUCUCGCCCAUUUAGGUUCCAUUCGGUGGCCAUUGUUCGGCUGCCUGGCUUUGACCUAUGUUGCAAUGUAUAUCAUGUUGGUCAAGGGCAUCCGGGUUGCGGGAAAGAUUGUGUACGUGACUUUUAUGCUCCCGCUCCUUCUGUGCACCAUCAUACUCAUCCGGGGAUCCAUGCUGCCUGGGGCAAUAGACGGACUUCUUUACAUGUUGAAACCGGACUUUACAAAGCUGGCAAGCCCCACAAUAUGGAUAGAGGCUUGUGGCUACGCUCUUCAUUCAAUGGGGACAAGCAAGGGGAUUGCAAACACAGUGUCCAGUCACAACCAGCCAAACAGCAACUGCUACAGACUGGCGCUGAUUGCUUGUAUCGUUGACCCUCUGAUAACCAUCUACUGUGGACUGUCCAUCUUCACGGUGUUGGGGCACAUGGCGUACGUGACCGGAGCCAGCAUGAACGACUUCCAGUCCUCAGGCCUCAAUCUGGCGUUCUCGGUGUUACCGGAAGCAGUGACUUAUCUCCCCUUACCCCAGCUGUGGUCUGUGCUUGUCUUCGUGAUGAUGAUGACUUUAGGACUUGAUACAACGAUGCCGAGUUUGGAGAUACUGUCGGAGGCAAUCGGUGACCGGUUCCCUAAGCUGACUAAACGCCGUUGGCUACUUCUCCUUCUCGUCUUCCUUCCUUCCUUCAUUCUUACCCUCCCGUAUACUACACAGGGUGGUAUCUACAUGCUGACCCUCGUUGACUGGUACUCCGCUGUGCCCCCUGUGAUGCUCUUUGGGGUGGUGGAGUGUGUUGUCCUGGCCUGGGUGGUUGGUGUGAUCAGAAUUAACAUGUGCACAGUCGAGAUGUAUGGCCAAACCAUUCCCAGAUGGUUGACGUUCCUCACAAAAUACAUCACUCCGGGGCUGCUGAUGACUAUACUCGUGUACGCCUUCUACGUGUACCGCCCUCCAAAAUAUGGCGACUAUUUCUAUCCGGAAUGGGCAACUGUGCUUGGCUGGCUUAUAUCGGUAGCCAUUGUUCUGCCGACGCCAUGUUGGAUGGUGUACUCUGUUUAUAAGUCGGAUGGAACAUCAUUUAAGCAGAAACUGACAAGAGCAUUCAUCCCACAAGAGAACAAGGAAGAGGUGCCGAUGGACGCCGCAGAGCAAGAAAGCCUCACUCAUGCUGCAAAGACGAUGCAGAUGUAACAAACAUGUCUUACGACUUUUGGUCGAAUUGUUUUUGAACCCGGUUUACAACAUGCAAAGCCUCAGAAAAGGUUUCGCAAUCUAAUAUGGUGGAUAUGUGGAGGGAGAUUGUGUUCCGAUGGACACUUGACUUGCCCUUGCAUGUGUUUGUGCAGUGCUCUCGGUGGACAGCAAGCGCGAAGCUUUUCCCUUUUACUUUACCAUCAGUAUUUGAUAGUUUCAUUAAGACUUUUUCUGUCAUUGUCUGAAUUGUUUAAUGGACCUUGCUUUUAGUAGAGAUUUCUUAUUAAUAUGGACCAGAUUUGCGUGGAUUUUGGAAAGGAUUUGUGUGGAUUUUGGUGGAUUUUGGAGAGGAUAUGAGUGGAUUUUGGAAAGGAGGGUAGCUAUUAUUAGCUUACCGAAGUAUAUAGAUUGUUCUUUAAAGAAAGUAUUGGAUUCUGAUUCCGAAUAGAAACAAAAAACGAAGUUCAAGAGAACGAACUGUUGAAAUAUAGUUUUUAAAUUGUGUGCUGAUACUGCUAAAGUAUCAUGUACGAGGCCUUAAUACUGCUGAGAUCAUAAAACUGUCAUAUUUGAAAUUGAAUAUUCUUGACAUGAUAAAGAUAUGAUAAUUACUUACACUUUGGAGCUGAAAUACUAUGAAUAUGAUCAAGAAGUAAUAUUGGUGAAAUGAUAAAGCGUUGAUAUUUUUGACUCGAUAUAGCCGCAAUGUUGGUGAAAUGAUAAGGCUGUAAUAUUGGUGAAAUGAUGGAGCUAUAAUGUUGCUGGUAUAUUGAAGUUGUAAUAUUGCUGACCCGAUAAGGUUGUAAUAUUGGUGAAAUGAUAAAGCGUUGAUAUUCUUGACAUGAUAUAGCUGAAACAUUUUUGACACAAAAAAGACGCAAUAUUGCUGAAAUGAUAAGGCUGUAAUAUUGCUGAAAUGAUGGAGCUAUAAUGUUGCUGCUAUAUUGAAGUUGUAAUAUUGCUGACCCGAUAAGGUUGUCAUAUUGCUGAAAUGAUAAAGCCAUAAAAUUGCUGAAAUGAUAAAGCCAUAAUAUUGCUGAAAUGAUAAUGACAUAAUAUUGCUGAAAUGAUAAAGCCAUAAAAUUGCUGAAAUGAUAAAGCCAUAAUAUUGCUGACAUGAUAAAGCCAUAAUAUUGCUGACAUGAUAAGUUUGUAAUAUUGCUGAAAUGAAAAGGCGGUAAGUUUGCCGAAAUGAUAAAUCCGUAAUAUUACUGAGACGAUAAGGCUGUAAUGUUGCUGAGACGUAGUCUGUAAUAUUACUGAAAUGAUAAAGCUGUAACAUUUUGACACGAUAAGGCUGUAAGAUUGCUGAGACGAUGAGGCUGUAAUACUGCUGAAAUGAUAAGGCUGUAAUAUUGCUGAUACCUAAAUGCUGUAAUAUUGCUGAAAUGAUAAAGCUAUAACAUUUUGACACGAUAAGGCUGUAAGAUUGCUGAGACGAUGAGGCUGUAAUACUGCUGAAAUGAUAAGGCUGUAAUAUUGCUGAUACCUAAAUGCUGUAAUAUUGCUGAAAUGAUAAAGCUAUAACAUUUUGACACGAUAAGGCUGUAAGAUUGCUGAGACGAUGAAGCUGUAAUAUUGCUGCUACGAUAAAGCUGUAAUAUUGCUGAUUGUGGCAUGUGGUCACUCGUUUGCUCCUUUGCUACGGGGAUUGCACACUGUUGGUCCCGAUCUACCCACUCUCGUAAUAAGAAGUGAUGGACCAAAUACGCUCGUAAGGGUCGUGACUUCCUUGCUUGAAUUUGGCAGCGUCUCCAGCUGAAGGGGGUGUCGUUAUUCACGAUGUCGCUCACUGGUGUGGUCUGUACAGACAACUUCACAUACAGGAAUAUGUCUGUUACACAAUACACAAAUACACACCCACUGAUAUAAUACCCUUUUCAAAAGGGUGAUGGCUCACUUUCUCAUUUAUCUUUACAACUUUUAUCCCUUUUUGUGGCUGUAUCCUUUAAUUUUAUACCCUUUGGGGUAAAACAUACAAAUUUAAAUGCAGUACUCAGGUUGUUCAUUAGUAGAAUUUUCGCAGUUUAGGGUACGUUCAAAUAUGCCUGUUUUAAUCAAUUUUAUAUGCUAAGAAAUGUACUCUUAAUAGCGUUUUAUGAAAAAUAAAACAGGUUAACAGUCUCAAAGGAA